CUACAAAAUAAAAUAGCUGUGUAGAUAACCGUGCGAUGAUAAUAUCGUAAUUAUUUUAUUCCACUCUGAUCAUCGUUGAAUUUAUUAUUGCGCAGAUGUACAAAACAGUCUCAGCUGUUUCACCUGUUUGGUUACCUGUACUCUCGACUCCGUUAUCUGCACAUUUGACGUGUUUCAUUCAGACAUCCUUUCUAUUGAAAAAAAAAUACUUAGUUGUCUGCCUCUAUUUGACGUAAAAAAUGGCACACUAUUUUAAAGAGAAGGAUAUUGACGAAUUCAGAGAAUGCUUUUACUUAUUUGCCCGCUCUGGAACCAUAAAAACACUAGAUGAAUUAACUGUCAUAAUGAGAAGCUUAGGAUUAUCUCCAACUAAGUCUGAAAUGACUGGAUAUUUAAAACAAAAGGGAGGAAAAAUGUCGUUUCCAGACUUCUUGGAAGUAAUGUACAUUCACUCUAAGGUGGAAAACAUUCCGAAAGAAGUUGUUGAUGCAUUCAAGGCUGCAGACCCUGGAAAUACUGGAAAAAUACCUGCAAAACAACUGCGCUAUUUACUACAAAACUGGGGAGAAUGCUUGUCACCAAAAGAAGUAGAUAGGAUUUUUAGAGAAGCUAAUGUUACAGCUAAUAGCAUGGUGCGAUAUGAAGAUUUCGUAAAGAUUUCUUGUGCUCCAGUUCCAGAUUAUUAUUAGAUGACAGCAUUGUAAGCAUACCUAUAUAUUUAGUCUACUGGGCUUAAACGAGCUGCAAUAAUUUUUGCUUACUAUUAUUCGCACACAUUAUAUUUUUAUGAAAUUAAUGUACCUACUUAAGUUGUUAAAUAAGAGCAAGGUCCUUCUAUUUAAUCAUCUUCCAUUGUGUAACCUUGGAUUUUUUGAUAUUAUAGAAUCUAUUUAACACUUAUAAUUUUACUACAGGGACUAGUUGGUACAUAAAUUAUAUUUUAUUUAAGUCAUUUACAAAUCAUUGUAUUAGGGACACUUUUUCCUCUAGGGCAAUAAUUGUUAGAUCAUUUAAAAAAUGUUCAAUUUUGAUUGUCAGUAUUAAAAAUAUUUAUAUUUAUUUACAAUAAACAAUUCUACACAUA